AAAUUAAUGAGGAAAUAAUCGGUACACAAGUGGUACAAAAGUAAAAAAAAAAAGGUCAAAGAAAUAAAACAUGGCAGAUUUAUUCAGUAGCUCAUCUGCCUUGGACGAUAGUGCAAAGCCGAAAAGUGGUGAGGCCGAAUUACAAGAAUUUUUGAUGGUUGAAAAGCAAAAAGCUCAAUUCAAUGCACAGAUACACGAGUUCAACGAUUUCUGUUGGGAAAAGUGUAUGGAGAAACCAGGUAGCAAGUUGGACAGCCGGACAGAAACGUGCCUGAACAACUGCGUGGAUAGAUUCAUAGAUGUGUCGCUGUUAAUAACGAAUAGAUUUGCUCAGCUACUCCAGAAAAGCGCAGGCGGAAUGUGAACAUUAGCUAAAUUAGUUGUACUGCCACAAAUUUUUGCAACUUACACUUGUUAAUGCGGUUCAAUAUUGUCAAAGAAAUAGUGCCGGAAUAAAAAUGUUCAAAUUUCUUUUAA